AUGGCACGGAGUAGUGCAUUCUCGCAUUUAGAAGAUUUUGCCGAUCGUCUGAGCCAUUUUUUCACCACUGGAAUCAUACUCAUGUUUGCCGGAGUCACGAUGGCCAAUGUGUACUUUCUGCGGCCCAUAUCCUGCACACUACCGACCGCCCCGGAUAACAAGUUCAAUGAAUUUGCGGAGUCUGUUUGCUGGGUCAAAGGGACCACAGCAUUGCGUGCAUCCGACAGAAUGCCCAUGGACGCGAAGGAUUGGGAUCAACUUCACGAACGCUCAGGCAUUUCAUUCUAUCAAUGGGUGCCGUUCUGUCUCUCAAUCCAAGCUAUGCUAUUUUUCUUGCCUCACGCAAUUUGGCAGUCCUUAGCUCGCUACACGAUGGGUGAAAAUUUAGAGUGCAUACUGGACAAAGCUCGUGCAGCAAACGCGGCUGACGAUCGCGAUAAACGUCAAAAGUGCAUAUCUAUUGCAGCCUAUCAGCUAUUCAGACUUUCGCGACAACAUCAUGAUUACCGUUCCAGCAGUUGGGCCCGUUGGCAACGGCGUGCAGUACAGCGAAUACCAGGAGGUAGUCUAUUUGUUGCAAGCAAACGCAUGGGUAACUGGGUUAUGAUGGCUUAUCUAUCGGUCAAAUUACUGUACUUGGUCAAUGCAUUAGGUCAGCUGUAUCUGAUUCGAACGUUUCUGGGCUACAACGGUGGUUUGUUUUCAUUUGGAGAUAUUUUGGUUGGAACAUUGACGUCGAAAAAGGAAUGGGAUGAAAGUGAUUUCUUUCCCCGCCAAACAUAUUGCCCCGUAUCAGUACGACAACUGGGAGCAAGUAACAACGUGUUCACGGCUAUAUGUGUCCUGCCAGUCAAUAUGUUCAAUGAGAAAAUAUACAUAUUUCUGUGGCUUUGGAUUGCUUUCGUCGCGGUGGCCACGGCAAUCAGUAUGCUUGUGUGGCUUGUUCGGUCGCUGUUCCACCGAUGCCAGACAACAUUUGUUCGUGACUUCCUCAUCCUAUCUGUACAGAGUCAGGUCAACGAACCGGAUCGAGAUCAUUCAGACAAUUGUACUGCUUGCUGUAUCCAACCAAACGAUCCUACCGUGGAUCGAUUCAUCGUAGAGUGUGUGCGAAAUGAUGGCACAUUCCUUUUACGUAUGAUCCGUUCUAACGCGGGUGAUGUAGCUGCCGGUGAGAUUCUAGCCACUUGGUGGCAUUUAUUUGUCCAGUAUGAGCAAGCUGAGUGUGCGCAGUUUGAAAAGCAGCGGCUAAAGUACGCCAUGGCAGCAGACGAUGUCUACGGGAACUUGAACCAGCCGGACGGACAGACUGUUUUACGUAAAGGUUCUGCAGAAAAAGCACCAAGUUUUGUUUGA